AUGACUUCUCAGUUCGAAAUCGACCCGUCUAAUGAUUGGAAUCGGUCUGAGAUUCAGUUGUUGAGUUCCACUGACCUCCCAGAAGUACGGGGAGUGGGCAUGUGGGCAGAGGAAGUGAACGGGGUAAUCGACAAAGUGUUGCUUCUUCUUUGGAGCGCCAACUGCAGGACUCAGCAGGAAACUUGUAGGUGCAACAGCGAAGAUGGGUGCAAGAUAUCUUUCGGGGUGCGCUAUGGCUCCCUUUUUGUCGCUGAGUUCAAUGGAUUGGGAGAGUUGCAAUGGAUUAGAGAAACUGCGUAUAACGUCUUGAUUCCUCAUGGACAGGAGCAGCGCACAGCCAUUGUGGGAGGUGACGUAAGUGGAACAGGUGGAAAUGUGAAGAAGCAGUACGCUGUUACGCUGGUCAGGGAAAGGUGGGAACUGAAGACAGGAAAAGUUGUUGUGUCUCCAAAAUGUGAAACAGUCCUUUUGAACAGCAGUGGUGAGCUGGAGGAUAACCAGUUACAAGGAGGCGAAUGCGAAAGUUGCCUUUACACAUCCGCGUCCAUGCACCCCGGAACUGGCCACUGGGCUUCACUGUGCGUCAGCACGAAACUUCCCAACCUAGGAAUAUCCAUCAACGGCUUCCUGGUAGUAGACAGUAGCAGCCGCUACCAGACAGAGGCUCAGGGUGUCACCCCACUAGAUGAGUCACUUUCAUACAACAAGGAUACGGGGGGCAGGCUGCUGCCCAUCGAUGGUGGAAGCUGGGUAUUGAUUUGGCGAGAAGCCUCCUGGAAAGCAUCAGAAGUAGAGGGACUCACUGCAGUGAGUGCAACCCUAAAGGCAGCUGUCUGGGAGGGCCACGACGAUACCCUGAAAUCUCCCGUUUCUCUUUUGGGUCCUGUAUUAGAGCACAGGCUUAUGGACCCAGACGCUGUUUCCCUCUCACUGCAAACUGCACUGGUCACGGUAGCGGACCAUCUGAAUGAAGAGGCAAUGGCGGCUAUUGUGGAUUUAUCAAGCCUCAGCAUUCGCGUGCCCACAGCAACAGCGACCGUUGCUGGUGUGCAAGGAGGUGCCUUAUUUGGGCGGAUUUACGGGCAUCCCUUACUACGUCUUUCAGAAUCCACUGCCCUGUGGUUGGGAUCUGUUAAGGAAGAUAGCUCACCCUCCGUUGGUCCGUCGACGCUGCUGCCAGAAUGGAAACCUUUCACCACAUCAAGAGCAGUUCUUUUAUCCGCGAAUAAGGACGAAGAAGAUUGUCAAGGACAGUGGAGCGCUACCACCGCAACUUGCCCGUCGUCGUGCCUGCAGCAGCAACACUUUAGAAGCAAAAAUAAUGGCGGUGGAUGCCCUUGGGAAAGUAACGCAUUCCGACUAAUUCACUGUGAAGGUGGAGACUGCCCAGACUGGAGAGACGGGGCAGUUUUGGUUGCAGGAGAUAGGACAAUCGAUGCAUCCAAACUCUUGGAUAAGAACUUAUCAAGCCUGAUAAAGAUGGGGUCAUCUAUGGACACCAUUGAGCUCCAUCUAGCGGAGCCAGUAGACCUGGAGGCUGUGGAGAUCUACCUCCAUCGCUCCAACGUGUCACUAGUAUUAAGUAUUCAAGAUACGGAAGCGAACUGGCUGUCUAGGAUCUCUACAACCAUUAGCGCUCCUCCCCUUGAAAUGACUGAUGUAACCUAUCCGUGGGUCACUAGAUAUCUCUCUUUGAAAAGGGUCAGGACGCUGCAAUUACAGGCUACUCCUCUCACAACUGCAACCGCGGGGGCAUGGGCAGUUAAUAUUCUUGAGGUACGCCUACAGUCAACUCCUUCAUUACCCUGCACAGGAGGUGGCUUCUUCGACGGCGACAAAGACUGUGAAACUGCGCCGCAAAACCCUUCGUCUCUGGAGGCCUUGGACUGCCAGGGAGAAUGGGGAGACUGGUCUAUCUGCGACAGCACCUGUACUAGGAUGCGGCAGUUCAGCGUCACGUCUCCUCCUAAGAAAGGGGGUAGACCGUGUCUUCCCUAUGAGGUCGAGCCGUGCACAGGGAGUGGCAUGUGCUCCAUUCCUAGCUCGGAAAGCCGUAUACUCAACAGUUUUGCGCCUCGACAGAAAGAUGUUCAGGGCUCCUCUGCUACCUGGCGCGAGCAAGGAUCGGAACCAACAGGCAGCAGCACAAACUGUGCAUCAACAUUAUCGCCAAAGUCGCAGUGUGUUCUCUGUCGCACACUACAAACACAUCAAGUUACCCGUCAGGCAGCAGGGGAAGGCGAGCGGUGCCCUGAAGAACGCUUUGUUCUGGAAUACUGCGAUGCCAACUGCGCCGCUAUCUAUGGGCCCACAACGACUACUACUGCGUCAGUUACGGCAACGCUGCCUCUCGCGACGUCCUCCAGCUCCGGAAUCAUUAACCUAGAAGAUGCUCGUGAUGUAAUGUUGCUACUAAAAACAAUAGCAAUCUAUUUUUUAGUUGUCCUCCUAGCCUGUUUAAUAACCGCUUACUUGGUGGGACUUUUUGAAGGGGGCUUGCGGGGUCGAAAAACUGCAGGUUGUGCAGACCACAGCGAUGCUCCUCCCCCAGCAAGGCUUUCCCCGACAACGGCUGCAGUUAGCAGCUAUUCUGGCACAGAAAACUACGAGGCUGGAACAGCACCAACGAGGAGUUCGAGGAUGAGCAAAGGCAACAGUGGCACAUCCAGGAAGUUUGGAAGCGGCAUUCAAGCAUUGAGGAAAUCCCUGUUGGGGGGCAAUCUGCUCCCAGACGCGAGUGACAGUGAUUCAGACUACAUAGGCGAUACCGGCGCCGCUUAG